ACCAUUCACAAGACAACUCUGUGAUUUCGGAGUCAAGAAGAUCCCAAGCAGCAGCAACAGCAGCAGCAGUAGAAGAUAGGCAGUGACUGAACGUAUGAAGGCAGGGAGGGGAGGGGGAUUUGAGAUAAAGAGCGAGAGAGAAAGGGAGAGAGAGGGGGAGCGAUGAAAAGCAUACUAAAUGAGAGGGACUCUCAUACUGAAGCGGGCAGAGGCAACCACCACAUCCUGCAUCUCCUCUGUGACGACCUCACACCUGAUCUGCAGGAGGAGCUGGAGGGCACCUUGAUCCAUGGACAUGCGCGCCCCUCAAGGACGGCACGAAUUUCGCAUCUACCCUCACCCCGCUGCCUCCACAUCCUUGUGAAUGCUGACAUUUUUGCCCCUGGAUUCAUUCGGCGGACAAAAUAUCCAACCAAGAGUGAACUGGGAGGUGUGUUCGCACGAUCCGGCCAGAGGGAGGGAUUGAAGGAGCAGCGGGGCGAGAGACAGACAGAAGGAGGAGGUGUGAGCGGCAGGUGCCGAUGCCAGACUUCCAGAGUGAGAGGGGGCGACACUGAGGGGGGGGGGGGGGGGGAACCUGAGGAACGCGACACGUGCGGUGGCAUUUUGGUCGCCAAGAGAGACGGACGACAGAAAAUACAUUCGUUUACGCGUACAGCUGGGCAGAUGAGGAGGCAUCAGGGACCACCGUUCAGUCCUGGGUGCAAGUGACCCUGCCUGCAAUAGGCGAGGAGUCCCAGAACCAGGGCCAUGAUUGGCUCACCUGGCCCUGGUGGGCGUGCCUUAGUGCCACGGCCGAAGAUGCGGCGGGCGGUCCUGGCUGCUUCUCUGGUCGCCGUCUUAACUUUGACAUUGCCGGGAAGUAGCCAGGCCUGUCCGCCGCGUUGCGAGUGCUCGGCUCAGCUGAGGUCGGUGUCGUGUCAGCGGCGGCGGCUCACCAACAUCCCCGAAGGCAUCCCCACCGAGACACAACUCCUGGAUCUCAGCAGGAACCGACUCCGAUGGGUGCAAGCCGGCGAUCUGGCACCGUAUCCCCGGCUGGAGGAAGUGGAUCUCAGCGAGAACCUCAUCGCCACAUUAGAACCGAACUCCUUCGCAAGUCUGCCCAAUCUUAAAGUGUUGAAGUUGAGGAGCAACCAACUGAAAUUAGUGCCCAUGGGGGCCUUUGCCAAACUGGGCAAUCUGACCAGCCUGGACCUGAGUGACAACAAGAUUGUGAUUCUAUUGGACUACACCUUCCAAGAUCUGAAGAGUCUGAAACACUUGGAAGUGGGAGACAAUGACCUGGUGUAUAUUUCCCACAAGGCAUUCUCAGGGCUACUGGGACUGGAAGAUCUCACCAUAGCUCGCUGCAACCUGACGUCCAUCUCAGGGCAGACCUUGUCCUACCUGCGCAGCCUGGUCACCCUGCGCCUCCAUCGCCUCAGCAUCACAGCUCUCGAGGACCAGAACUUCCGAAAGCUCUCAAAUUUGAGAGGUCUGGACAUCAAUCACUGGCCAUACCUGGAGUACAUCUCACCUCUUAGUUUCCACGGUCUCGAUCUCCACUGGCUCACCAUUACCAACACCAACAUCACCUCUGUCCCGUCUGGUUCCUUCAAAAACAUGGUGCAUCUCACCCACCUCAACCUUUCCUACAACCCCAUCGCAGCACUGGAACCGUGGGCCUUCAGAGACUUGCUGAGGUUGAAGGAGCUCAUCAUGGUCAGCACAGGGUUGAUGACAGUGGAGCCCCACGCCCUCGGAGGUCUCCGUCAGCUUCGGGUCCUCAACUUCUCAUCCAAUGACCUGCAGACUUUGGAAGAGGGUUCCUUCCACUCUGUUAACAGUCUGGAGACGCUCAGAGUGGACGGGAACCCUCUCAUGUGUGACUGCCGUCUGUUGUGGAUCCUGCAAAGGCGCAAGACCCUCAACUUUGACGGCAGAGUGCCGGUGUGUGCAGGGCCUGUGGAGGUGCAAGGCGUCAGCCUGAGUAGCUUCACUGAUUCUGCACUCUUUGAUCAUUUUACAUGCCAGAAACCUAAAAUACGCAACCGCAAGCUCCAGCAGGUGACUGUUCGAGAGGGCCAGCCCGUGAAUUUCCUCUGCCGUGCUGAAGGAGAACCGGCGCCUGCUAUCAUCUGGAUAUCCCCACAGCGUCGACGGAUCACGGCUAAAAGCUCGGGCCGCAUCACCGUUCUCCCAAGCGGCACCUUGGAGAUCCGCUACGCCCAGCUCACUGACAGCGGAACAUAUAUCUGCAUCGCCAGUAACGCCGGGGGCAAUGACACCUACUUUGCUACUCUGACAGUACGCAGUCAGCCACUGGAUGCUGCCUCAGCUUUUUUUCUCAAUCGUUCGCUGUACAGCGGCGAGUUCUUCAAUGAAACAAACCUGAAUAGCACUCGGGUGUUCCUCAAAUUUACCUUGGACUUGACAACCAUCUUGGUCUCCACAGCAAUGGGUUGCAUCACCUUUCUGGGGGUGGUCCUCUUCUGUUUCCUACUCUUGUUUGUCUGGAGCCGAGGACGUGGCCAACGCAAGAACAACUUCACAGUGGAGUACUCGUUCCGCAAAUCUGAGCCGGUCACGGGGAGCUCUUCAGGAGGGACCAGGAAGUUUAACAUGAAAAUGAUAUGAAACAACGCAGCCAGGGGUCCCUCGGGGGAGGCAUGAGCACGUCUCAAAAACGUGUUUGACACACGCAAACACACACAGCCAUUGAAUCGCAAAAAAAAAAAAAAAGUUUGAGUAAUGUUAAAACAGGAGCCAGGACCCAAUUUAGGAUUGGGUCUGUAAAAAAUUCAAAUCGUGCCGUAAGAAAAUACAACAGUGAUGGAAAUGAAAGAGCUGGGCAUCUUUCGUGCUUUUAUAUCAAUUACAGGAAUUGUAAAAAUUGGCUGAACUAUAAGGACAAGAGUGGUCUCGUUUCUGGUUUCAUUAAUGGGGGAAUUAAAAAACAAAAACAUUUUCAUGUUUAUUUCAAUUUCCCAUAGCUGCUCUUUUGCAGUUUGAUAAAUUAAAAGACUUGCAUUCAUAGAUUUUUUUUGUUGUUGUUUUUGUUUUGCUCUUCAGUAAAGGACGCCAUGUUUAGAAGCAUGCAUUGCAGAUUGAGUCAGACUGUAUGUUGUCAACCCUGACUUCUGCAGGGGUUAAAUCCUUCAUUAAUGUUACCAUUUGUCAUUUGACCAAUUGUACGUAGACCAUAUGAAUCGAUACAAACAACUUAACAAAGAAUCUUUGGAUUGACAAAACAAAAAGAGGAUUGGGGUUCUAUUGCGAUCUAUUGCGACAUUAGCUGUGUGAGUUUGGGACGAGCACGCUGGCCAGGGGUUGUCAUCGUGCUCUGUGAACCAUGUGGUUUGAUUCAAAGUCAAGCCCUCUGCAGACAGAACACCAUGGCAACCAAUACAACCAAUGCAGGAGAGAGUACGGGCUACUGGGUUGUUUGCCACAAGUGAGUUUGUGGGUCAACGAAAAAGGAUGAAGAGCAUUAAAAGCCAAAUGCGUGACCUGCAAUCGACAGGCGAGAGGUGCUCUUUUGUCCCCCAGCCUUUGUCCCAGCUCUCUGCUGCGUUGGUGGACAUCUGACCUUCCAAGCGCUGCCAGGGGGGGAACAGCCUGGAUGGUUGGCACCUACUCAGAGGCAGACAGAGGACACGCAGCAGUCGACACACUGACACAUGCGCAAUCAUUCGCACACAAGGAAUGACGACACCUUGCAGUACAUGGACAGAUUUUUUUUUUUUUCCUCAGGAAAAGCCAAAUUAUUAUCGUGGGUAUCUGCUAGAAUAUUCCAGCAAUAGUCUUUGUUGAGUCAUGAUGAUGAAAUUCAUUGCCCCGAGGUAAAGCCGAUGUAGAUUUAUGCAUGAUGAAACGAAGCCAGAGCAAUUGUGGUUGCUUUGAUGGAGUAUUUUAAAGCCCGUGUCGCAAACAGACUUUAAUUAGUGCAACGAUUAACUAUCUCCUAGCGCCAUUCAUUAAAUCCAACCAUAAUCGCAUACAGCGGAUGGAAAAAGUCACGGUUCAAAUGCCAUGUUUGUGUGAUAUAAAUAAGGAGACCAAGGAAAAUUAGUUUUUCCACCUUAAAUAUGACGUAUGACAUGUACAUUUCAAUAGAAAAAAAAAAGGUCUGAUUUUAGUGAGGGCAAGCCGGAUGAAAAGGAAUCAGGGAACUGCAAGAAUUUCUCGCAGGUACUGGCUGUUUAGUGCAAGUGAAAACAACCUGGUCACUUUAUUUUUAUUUCUGUUACUUGUUACUGUAAUACUAGUGUGGCUUGUACUACCGGAGAGAAAUUCCUUGUGCGUUUUUACAUACUUGGCCAGUGCAGGCGGUUACCAUUCAGUCAUCUUCAUUCAUGCUUCUGUUAGAAAGCAAAAAAAAAAAAAAAA